UCUACAAGACCUGAAACACCCGACAUGGAAUUGCACUGAUACAAUAGGCAGACAGCAGCCCUUGAUCGCAGCUCCCCAGUUCCAGGUGGCCUUAUCGGGGCGAGCGGAUCCCGACCUUAUUCCGGUGAUGGAGGAUUCAGGCAUCCAGAGAGGCAUCUGGGAUGGAGAUGCCAAGGCUGUCCAACAAUGCCUGACAGAUAUUUUUACCAGCGUUUACACAACCUGCGAUAUCCCCGAAAAUGCUAUAUUUGGGCCCUGCGUUUUGAGCCAUACUUCCCUGUAUGACAGCAUAGCCUUCAUAGCACUCAAGUCCACUGACAAGAGAACUGUACCUUAUAUCUUCCGGGUAGACACCUCAGCGGCAAACGGUUCUUCCGAAGGCCUCAUGUGGCUGCGCCUGGUCCAGUCGGCCAGAGAUCGGGAAGAACAGAACCUCGAAGCCUACAUCAAAAACGGACAGCUGUUCUACCGCUCCCUCCGCAGGAUUGCCAAAGACGAGGAAUUACUCGUUUGGUACGGGAAAGAACUGACUGAGUUACUCUUGCUCUGCCCCUCUAGACCCCACAACAAACUGAAUGCAGGGUCGUCCCCUUAUUCAUGCCUGGAAUGCAGCCAGCGUUUCCAGUUUGAGUUUCCCUAUGUGGCGCAUCUGCGUUUCCGCUGCCCCAAGAGACUUCACAGCGCUGAUCUGAGUCCCCAAGACGAGCAAGGCGGCGGCGUGGGCACGAAGGACCAAGGGGGCGGCGGCGGCGGCAAAGAGCAGCAGCCGCAACAGGAGGCAUCUUUGGGCCCCGGGCCCAAAUUCUGCAAAGCUGGCCCCAUCCACCAUUACCCAGCCCCCUCGCCCGAGAGCAGCAACCCACCUCCCUCCGCUGGCAGCACUAGCAGUAGCAGCAGCAGCAGUGCGAAGCCAUCUACGGACUUCCACAACCUGGCCCGGGAGCUGGAGAACUCGCGGGGAGGCGGCAGCUGCUCCCCGGCCUCAGGGCUCAGCGGCGGUUGCAGCGGCGCCGGCCACCAGGAGGCGGAGCUGAGCCCCGACGGCGCGGCCGCCGGCGGCUGCAAAGGAAAGCGGAAGUUCCCCGAGGAGGCUGCCGAGGUGGGGGGCCGGGCCCGCCCGGCCGAGCGGCCCCCGCCGGCCUCCAAGGAGGACCUGGUGUGCACGCCGCAGCAGUACCGCGCCUCGGGCAGCUACUUCGGCCUGGAGGACGGCGGCCGCCUCUUCACGCCGCCCAGCCCCGAGACGGGCGAGGCCAAGCGCAGCGCCUUCGUGGAGGUGAAGAAGGCGGCGCGCGCGGCAGGGCUGCAGGAGGACACGGCUGCCGAGGGCGGCGGCGCGGCGCCCGAGGACCAGGACGCCGGCGGGGGCGGCGGGGGCGGCGCGUCCACACCCGCGGCCGCGUCCCCGGCGGGCGGCGCAGAGAAGCUGCUGGGCCCGCGGCCGGGGGGCCCGCUGCCCGGCCGGCUGGAGGGCGGCAGCGCCUUCACGUCGGUGCCGCAGCUGGGCGGGGGCGCGGCGGGCGCGGCGGGCGGCGGCCAGGGCUCCGCGCCCGACGAGCGCAAGAGCGCCUUCUCGCAGCCCGCGCGCUCCUUCUCGCAGCUGUCCCCGCUGGUGCUGGGCCAGAAGCUGGGGGCGCUCGAGCCGUGCCACCCCGGCGACGGCGUGGGCCCCACCAGACUGUACCCCGCCCCCGCCGACCCGCUGGCCGUGAAGCUGCAGGGCGCCGCGGACCUCAACGGCGGCUGCGGGGCGCUGGCGGGGGGCGGCGGCGGGCUGCCCAAGCAGAGCCCCUUCCUCUACGCCACGGCCUUCUGGCCCAAGAGCUCCGCGGCGGCGGCGGCGGCGGCGGCGGCCGGGCCCCUCCAGCUGCAGCUGCCCGCGGCGCUCACGCUGCUGCCGCCCUCCUUCACCUCGCUGUGUCUGCCCGCGCAGAACUGGUGCGCCAAGUGCAACGCCUCCUUCCGCAUGACCUCCGACCUGGUGUACCACAUGCGCUCGCACCACAAAAAGGAGUACGCCAUGGAGCCGCUGGUCAAGCGGCGGCGGGAGGAGAAACUCAAGUGCCCCAUAUGCAACGAGUCCUUCAGGGAGCGCCACCACCUAUCCAGGCACAUGACCUCGCACAAUUGACACGCAGAGGACCCCAACUGUCCAUGCGCCCGCGCACAGCCAAGCCAGCCGCAGGAGCAAAUUCGUGAGGUCGCCCACCACUUCCUCGCGCCCGGAAACACUGCACAAGCACACGCAAACACGCGCACACACUCACGCAUACACAUGCUCUAACAGGAGCCUCCUUCCCUCAUUCAGAUUAUUUACCCGGGACACACGGAGACGCACACGCGCGCGAGACAGGAUGGUGAAUUUUUGAGUGGGUGGGUGGUUGGAAGGGGUUUUCUUUUGAAUGCACGCAUUUUCACUUUCCCGAAAAACAAAGGUACAUUUUUUAAAAUGUCAUAUAUUGCAACAUAUUGAUGCAUUUGUCAUACGUUUCUACUUAAAUUAUUAAGCACUUACUGUUUAGAUGGAAUAAUUAUAUGUAAGGGCAAAAUUUAUUUUAGAUAUAAAGAAACGGAGGUCAGUGAGAUGCUUUCUGCAUUUCUUGAUGAUAGCUUGUGUUCUUACAAAAAUAAAAAUGAAUAAAAAGGGGCUUGCCAUUCAGUUGAAGUUUCCAGGGGGAAGUGCAUGUAUCAUGAAAUGAUUACGGACUUCAAUGAAGAAUGUCGUUAAUUAUGUAAAUAAGUAUUUCCCUUUAAUACAAAGUGUAAUUUUGUGUCAGUGAAAUGGAGUCUGAAUAGUUAUGUGUUUCUUUUAUCCCUGGAAAGAUUUAUUAAACUGUAUAGUUUAUCUGGGUAUGUUGGAUGCUUUGACAAUAAAUGACUAUUUUCUUCAAAACUA